AUGGUACAUUUAUGGCUUCGUGCUGAAACAAAAGCUGAUGAACAUCGAGCAGCUUUAACACCAAAUACAAGCAAACAAUUAAUUCAAAAUGGUAGCUUUAAAAUCACAGUAGAAAAAUCUACGCAACGUAUUUUUGAUGAUGAAGAGUAUGAAAGAAUUGGUUGUACACUAGUUCAAUCUGGAACUUGGAAAGCAGCUCCAUCCGACACUUACAUAAUAGGUUUAAAGGAAUUACCAGAAAAUGACGAUUCACCUCUUUCUCAUACACAUAUUUAUUUUGCACAUUGUUAUAAGAAUCAAUCUGGUUGGCAAAAUGUUCUAAAAAGGUUUAUCAAUGGCAAAGGAUUGCUUCUUGAUUUAGAGUUUUUAAAUGAUGAAAAAGGUCGUCGUGUUGCUGCAUUUGGUUAUCAUGCGGGGUUUGCUGGAGCAGCUAUUGGACUAGAUGUUUGGGCACAACAAAUUCUUCACCCCAAACAAAAAUAUCCAAGUGUUAACCCAUAUCCAAAUGAGGAUGAUUUAAUUAAACACAUAAAAAAUCGGUUGAAUGGAGCUGUAGUGCAUAGUGGAGUUUCACCUCGUAUUUUGAUUAUGGGAGCAUUAGGUAGAUGUGGUAAAGGUGCAUGUGAUAUUUCUCAUAAUGUUGGAAUGGACAAAGAAAAUAUUAUUAAAUGGGAUAUUGAAGAAACAAAAAAAGGAGGUCCAUUUUCAGAAAUUCUUGAUGUUGAUAUAUUUGUUAAUUGUAUCUAUCUUAGUCAAAACAUUCCUCCUUUCAUUACAAAAGAAAUGCUUGAUCAAAAAAGGAACCUUUCAGUGAUUGUAGAUGUCAGUUGUGAUAUAACAAAUCCCAAUAACCCUGUUCCUGUUUACAACAUUAGUACCACAUUUAAAAAUCCAACAGAAUUGAUUGAAACAAAGAAUCCAAAGCCUCUUGAAGUUAUUUCUAUCGAUCAUUUGCCAACUUUGCUUCCUAAAGAGAGUAGUGAACAAUUUAGUAAAGAUUUAUUGCCUAGUUUAUUGGAAUUACAAAAUAGAACAAAUUCAAAUGUAUGGUUGAAUGCUGAAAAAUUAUUUGUUGAGAAAGUUGCUUUGGUUGAUUCAUAA